AUGCCUUCGGCAGACUCGCAGCCUCGUACCCUGUACGACAAAGUCUUUCAGGACCACAUCGUCAAUGAACAGCCAGAUGGCACUGUCCUCCUCUACAUUGAUCGACAUCUCGUCCACGAAGUGACGUCUCCACAAGCCUUCGAAGGCCUCAAGAAUGCCAAUCGAAAAGUCCGCCGACCGGACUGCACCCUCGCUACAACCGACCACAACGUGCCAACCACGCCACGAAAAAACUUCAAGAAUGUGGCCGACUUCGUCAAGGAAGAAGAUUCGCGAUUACAAUGUAUGACAUUGGAGGAAAACGUCAAGGAAUUUGGACUCACAUAUUUCGGCCUGGGGGACAAGAACCAGGGCAUCGUCCACAUUAUCGGGCCCGAACAGGGCUUCACUUUGCCCGGCACCACGGUUGUCUGUGGUGACAGCCAUACCUCUACCCAUGGAGCCUUUGGCGCGUUGGCCUUUGGCAUCGGCACCAGCGAGGUCGAGCACGUGCUGGCCACCCAGUGCUUGAUCACCAAGAAGAGCAAGAAUAUGCGCGUUCAGGUGGACGGCAAAUUGGCGCCCGGAGUCACCAGCAAAGAUAUCAUCCUCCAUGUCAUUGGAGUCAUUGGCACUGCUGGCGGGACCGGCUGUGUCAUUGAGUUCUGCGGCUCGGCCAUUCGCAGCCUCAGCAUGGAAGCCCGCAUGUCGAUAUGUAACAUGUCCAUUGAAGGCGGUGCCCGUGCCGGCAUGAUCGCUCCAGAUCAAAUUACUUACGAUUACCUCAAGGGCCGACCGCUGGCACCCAAGGUCGACAGCAACGAGUGGAAGAAGGCCAUCAACUACUGGAACAGCCUCAAGUCAGACGAGGGUGCCAAAUACGACAUUGAAGUUUUCAUCGAUGCAAAGGACAUCUCUCCCACCGUCUCCUGGGGUACUUCGCCCCAGGAUGUCGUCCCCAUAACCGGUGUCGUUCCGGGUCCGGAUGACUUUGAAGAUGCUACCAAGAAGGCCAGCUGCAAACGCGCCCUUGAGUACAUGGGCUUGACGCCUGGUACCAGGAUGGAAGACAUUGAAAUCGACAAGGUCUUCAUUGGCUCGUGCACGAACUCGAGAAUUGAGGAUCUCCGAGCUGCAGCGGAAAUUGUUAAAGGCAAGAAGGUAGCACCGAACGUCAAGCGCGCCAUGGUUGUGCCUGGUUCGGGCAACGUCAAGGCCCAGGCUGAGCGCGAAGGCCUUGACCAGAUCUUCCUGGACGCCGGUUUUGAGUGGCGCGAGGCCGGCUGCUCCAUGUGUUUGGGCAUGAACCCGGACAUCCUGUCGCCGCGAGAGCGUUGCGCCAGUACUUCCAACCGCAACUUCGAGGGCCGACAAGGUGCGUUAGGCCGGACGCAUCUCAUGUCGCCAGCCAUGGCGGCCGCAGCCGCCAUUGUCGGCAAGCUGGCGGAUGUGCGAAAAGUCCACAACCCCAGCUCGUCCGGGGCCGCGGCCAAAGCGUCUCCGAAACUCGACGUCCAACCCGAAUUUGCCGAAGUUGACACUGACGAAGAACUCGACCGCAUCCUGGACAUCCCGUCAGACGUUGGGCCGCACGUCAACGACAGCGUUGCGCAUAAUGGAGGCGCAGGAGCCUCGGCAGGCCUGCCCAAAUUUACGGUGCUCAAGGGCAUCGCGGCGCCCUUGGAGAAGGCCAACGUCGACACCGACGCCAUCAUCCCGAAACAGUUUCUCAAGACCAUCAAGCGCACGGGUCUUGGCUCCGCGCUCUUCCACCCGUUACGGUACAACGAGGACUGCAGCGAGAACCCCUCCUUCAUUCUCAACCAGGAGCCCUACCGACAAUCCAAAAUCCUGGUCGUGACUGGGCCCAACUUCGGCUGCGGCAGCUCGCGCGAACACGCGCCCUGGGCCCUGUUGGAUUUCGGCAUCAAAUGCAUCAUCGCCCCCAGUUACGCCGACAUCUUCUUUAACAACACCUUCAAGAACGGCAUGCUGCCCAUCAUCAUGCCGGACCAGGCCGCCCUCGAGAGAAUCGCCGUCGAGGCCCGUGCCGGUCGCGAAAUCGAGGUCGAUCUGCCCAACCAGGUCAUCCGCGAUGCCGACGGCAAGGAACUUGCCCGUUUCGACGUCGAGGAGUUCCGCAAGCACUGCUUGGUCGAAGGUCUGGACGAUAUCGGCCUGACCAUGCAGAUGGAAGACAAAAUCGCCCGCUUCGAGCAGAAACGUACUCUUGACACCCCCUGGCUGGACGGCUCCGGUUACCUGAAGAAAUGGCGCAAGGGCCCCGUGAAGGUCGAAGCCGCCCCGGUUCCUAAAACGAAUCGUGGUGAGAUCAAGACUGAUCCGGUCGACUGGUGA